CCAAUAAAAGUCAAUAAAAGCGCCCUCCGCUGCCUGAAAAGAAAUCCUGCAUCCAUCAUAGCAUUUCAAGAAAGAGCCCCAGCGGAUGUAGGCGUCACGUACGGCGUCACGUACUGUAGGAGCACGCGGAUCCUGUUUUAGUUUGGCGCGCUUUGCGUUUGAAUUUAAACAGCGUUCAGCCGCUCCAGUCAGCUAUUUUACGUACGGAUGAAUUGUUUGUAGUGUUAUAAAAAUGAUACUACCGUCAGUAACGUUGAUGUCAGGAGUGCAAAUGCCACUGUUGGGUUUGGGCACAUACAAGCUCCAGGACAAUGAGCAGCUGAAACGGUCUGUCAGUUCUGCACUUGAGGCCGGAUACAGAGCUUUUGACACAGGUGCAGUUUACGGAAAUGAGGCACAUCUAGGGCAAGUCCUCAAAGAGCUGCUGCCCAAGUAUGGCCUUGGCCGUGAAGACGUGUUCAUUAUCAGCAAGCUUGCCCCGUUAGACCAUGGGCCGAGGGCAAAGGAAGGCUGCCUGAGGAGUCUGGAGCAACUAGACUGUGAAUACAUUGACCUCUAUCUAGUGCACUGGCCUGGGGUGGAGGGUUUUGACCCAGGGGAUUCUCGUCAUUCAGAGUAUCGAGCGCAAAGCUGGGCAGCCCUAGAGGAGUUCCAUGCCAGCGGGCGAUUUAAGGCCAUAGGGGUUUCAAACUACACUGCAAAGCACAUUAGGGAGCUGCUCGUGAGUUGCCGCGUUCCCCCAGCGGUCCUCCAGAUUGAGUGUCAACCCAAGCUGAUCCAGAGGGAACUGAGGGAAUUAUGUAUGGAGACAGGCAUCCACUUCCAGGCCUACUCUUCGCUGGGUAAAGGAGCUCUUCUGAGGGAGCCCGAGGUAAUGGAUAUAGUGAGGAGCUGUGGUCGGACCCCUGCCCAGGUUCUCCUGAGGUGGGCUGUGCAGCAAGGCAUCUCGGUUCUGCCUCGCUCCUCGCAGCCCUGCAGAGUGCAGGAGAACGCACAGGUGUUUGACUUCCAGCUAAGUGAGAUGGAUAUAACGAGGCUGGACGCCUUGAACUGUGGAACCAGGUUUUGUAAACGAGACUCUAGCAUAAUAGCAUAAGCCUGAAAAUUAUCAUUGUAAAUAGAUUCAAUGCCAUGCUUGUUUUAGUAUUAAAUGUAAAUAAAAUUGCGUUUGAAUCCGC